AUGUGGCAAGCCACAAGCGGUGAUAUCCCUCGGCCUCGACAAACGGUCUGUAUGGUCGGUGUUGUUGGGUCGGCUGGGACAUAUAAAUUUCUCCCCGGCUUCGUCUGGUUCCAAGCCGCCGAGCGCUCAGUCGAGACCCGCGCCAACGCUGCCUGCGCGCUGAUAGGAAACCAUCAAAUGCUGGUCGUAGGCGGCCACGACUUUACCUCGGGUCCAGCCAACCGGUACUGGCAGAUGCAGGAUCCAUUCCCGCAAGGACUCGGUCUCUUCAACAUGACAGCCAUGAGCUGGGUUAAAGAUUACACCUACCACGCCGAUGCACAGGCCUAUAAGUCUCCUCAGGUGGUGGAGGACUGGUACAAAGGGAGAGAUCUCUCUUAUAUACCGUGGUCGUCUAACAACGUGAAAGAUAUAUUUCUGGCGAAGCCUGUCUUGUUCGAUAACUCGAAUUCGAACUCAACGGCGUCUGUUGGUCCUACCACGACAACUACUUCUGGCAACAACAAAGUGGGCCGAAUAGUCGGUGGCACGGUAAGAGCUUUUGUUGGCACGGCAAUCCUCCUAUCAUUGAUCUACUACGUUUGGAUUAGGAAACCGACACCGUCAUCGCUCAUGGAUCCGGGAUCUCAUAAGGGUACACUAUCAUCCAACAACACCAAAACCGAGCUUUCGACGGAGCUGCUGGUGACAGAGAUGCCCGUAUCGCUGCCGGAACUUGCAAGCCGCGAGCAGACAUGCGAGCUUGACACACAAAAGAGAAUCUAUGAACUCAACGUUACAAGCCGCACCUGCGAGCUUGAUGCGCCGAAUCGCACUUGUGCUAUCAAUGUGACGAGUCAGAUCGGCAACCCAUAA